CCAAUUAAUUAAUAAACAUGGCAAAUGAUACCAAAUGGGUUCAGAAUCCCAAGUAAAUUAAAGAAGGUAUAUUGAAAAAAUAUAUGAUUUUGUGGAGUGAAAAAUAUGUGAUUUUAGGUAACAGACUUUGGAUCGCUUGAACUUUCCCCAGUUGAUGGACGGACUUUAACUGACUUCAUGCAUCUAAGAGGAUUACAAAUGUGUUCUUUGGGUUGUGUGGUUGAACUUGCAGAGAAGCUUCCUCAUAUACAGUCACUUUGUAUUCACGAGAUGGUCACUCGAGCUUUCAAGCAUGUCCUUAAAGCCGUUAUUGCUUCUAUUAAUAAUGUGGCAGACUUACCCACAUCAGUAGCUUCAUGCUUGAAUUUCUUGCUUGGGGGCUACACAAUAGAAGAUAGUGAACAUAACUUGAGUGGUGAUCACAUGCUCAAAUUGCAGUGGUUACAAACUUUUCUAGCUAAAAGAUAUGGCUGGACUCUAAAAGAUGAGUUUCAACAAUUGAGGAAAUUAACAAUUCUCCGAGGACUUUGCCACAAGGUUGGAUUGGAGUUGCUUCCGAAAGACUAUGAUAUGGAAAGCCCAAGCCCUUUCAAGAAAUCUGAUAUUAUCGGCAUUGUUCCUGUGUGUAAACAUGUAGGAUGCUCUUCUGCAGAUGGGCGAACCUUGUUGGAGUCAUCAAAGAUGGCACUCGAUAAAGGAAAGCUAGAAGAUGCUGUCAACUAUGGGACGAAGGUGUCGUCUUUCAAUCGCAAUCUGAAUUCUGCAAAGUUUCAAUCAAGCAUUUUUGGUACUAUUGUUCCUGGCAAGCCAUCUUCUUUACAGUUGAGUAAUCCAUUGUUUCCUCUCUGUGCAGUUGAGUAG